AUGAACCCUAUCGCACUAUCAAUAAUCCUCUCAAGCCUAGCAUUAGGCACUAUCCUCACUGUAUCAAGCAAUCAUUGAUUCCUAGCCUGAAUAGGCCUAGAAAUCAAUACCCUAGCUAUCAUCCCACUGAUAGCCCAAAACCACCACCCACGAGCAGUUGAAGCCUCAACCAAAUACUUUCUAACUCAAGCUGCAGCCUCAGCUCUUCUCUUAUUCUCAGCUUUAAAUAAUGCUUGGUUCACUGGAGAAUGGUCAAUUAUAAACUUGACCAACUCAAUCUCAUGCACCACCAUAACCAUCGCCAUCUGCAUGAAACUCGGACUAGCACCAUUCCACUUCUGACUCCCAGAGGUCCUCCAAGGACUUAAUUUAACAACAGGUCUUAUCCUAUCUACCUGACAAAAACUUGCCCCAAUGGCCAUCCUCUACCAGAUCUCUCCAUCAAUAAACACCUCCCUUCUUCUUUUAAUUGGACUAACCUCAACAUUAAUCGGGGGGUGAGGUGGACUGAAUCAAACCCAACUCCGAAAGAUCCUAGCCUUCUCCUCCAUUGCCCACCUUGGAUGAAUAGCCUCUAUCCUCCCCAUCAUACCUCAACUGAUAAUCCUAAACCUAAUUAUUUACCUCAUCAUAACAUCGACCCUCUUCCUAACUCUAAAAACCAUCUCAUCCACUAAAAUUUCCACCCUAGCCACCUCAUGACCAAAAACUCCAACAACCACAGCCCUCACCCUAUUAACUCUUCUUUCCCUCGGAGGAUUACCCCCCUUAUCAGGAUUUAUACCAAAAUGACUUAUCCUUCAAGAACUCACUAACCAAAAUACCCCUAUCUUAGCUACCAUGCUCGCACUCUCAGCUCUUCUGAGCCUAUUCUUUUAUCUACGACUAUCUUACUCAAUUACCCUAACAUCUUCACCAAAUACCUCUAACUCCCCUUUAACCUGACGUCACAACUCUAAACAACCAACCACCCUUUUAUCCCUCAUAUUAAUCUCCUCAUUCUUCCUCCUACCAAUCUCGCCACUAAUAAUAUCCU